UCAUGAAGGCCCUUGUUGUACUGUUUGCCCAGCUUUCUGGCGCUCUACUCGGCAGAGCCCAGGAACCCAGCAGCGGAUGGGAGGGCGACGGGACCCAACGAGGUGUGCUGAGGCUCCGGCGGGAGCUGUGCGACUGCGACAACAUCACUCUGCGCAGCUCGGGGCCCCUCGCCAGGUCAUCGUCUGCCGUCCGGGCGGUGCUCUCCAGCCCCGUGUGCUCUGUCGAUGGCCACACCUUCGCGAGCCUCUGUCUGGCGCUGUGCCAGGGAGCUGAUGUGGAUGAAGCUGACGUCACGGGGGAGGGAUGCACACAGGGCAUCACGGCCAUCAGGUGAGCAGACGCAAUGGGCGUGCCUCACUGUGUCAUUGCCACGUGUGGUGUGUUGCAGGCGUCUGACGCUCCCUCCAGACGGCCGGCUGCCGGCCGUCCUCAGCCGCAAAGGGUCCAACAUGGCCUAUCUCGGCAGAAUCGACCGGACGACAGCACCACCAACACAACACUCAGCAGCGGUCUUUGACAAGCGUAGAGCUGCUCGGUCAGCGGGUGGAUCAUAUCUCAUACGAGGCCAAGGCGACGUCUAUAUGCUCGAUGACCGCACGGCACCGCAGGGCGCGAUGGCAUGCCGGUCGACGUCAGCUGAUGGUGGCGUGUGUUUCAGUGCUGCCGAUCCUCAACACGUGACGGGGACAUUCACGACCUGCCAAGACAGCGCCGCUCAGAAUCUGAGCGCAGACAGGCUGAGACACACAUUGCCUGUCUGUCUGUCUGUCUGUUCGGCUGUACCAUCAGCAUCAGCGACAGCAUUGGUCGCGGCGCCCGCACCGUCUGCAACGCCUCUCAAGAGGUAAGUCAGAGAGAGGGUGGGAUGGCAUGGAUGGAUGCAGGGGAGGGUGGGGGUGAAUCUGUUUGUUUGGUGUGUGCCCGUGCAGCUCCAGCCACCGGCCCGAGCCGACGUAUCUGCCUCACAAACGCACAGCACGCACCCCAUCACAGGCUUGCGUGUUUGGACGUCAGAUGUCCGACACAGCUUCGACGGGGACGGACGGAUGCGCUGCCAGCUACUACACGAUUCGGAUGCCCAAGGGCGAUGAGGUGAUGCCGGGCACCCCCGACACACACCUGACGACAAAUGGUACGCACAUGCAUGAGAGACUCAUGAGAGCAGGAGGGAAAGACAAAGGCCAGCAUGAGUCUCUGUGUGUGUGCGUGUGCGUGUGUGUGUGUGUGUGUGUGCGUGACAGGAUCAAGCGCAGGCCUGAGUUCGUGCGGCUGACUGGGAAGCACCCCUUCAAUUGCGAGCCGCCUCUGGACCUGCUGAGUGCGAUUGCCAACAUCCUGCACCAGCAGACGCACGACAUCAGCAAGCCCCUGAAGCUCUCGGGCUACGCCUACUCGGGCGGCGGGCACCGCGUCAUCAGACCUGAGGUGCCAUCGAUGGCGGCAAGACGUAGCAAGUCGCCACCAUCACCUGCCAACCUGAGACAGGUACGAUGCAUGGCACUGACAGCCCCUCUUGUGGUGGGUGGAGGCAGUGUGUGUAUCGUUUUCCUGUCUCCGUGUGUGUAGGGUAUGGCCGCGCCUACGAGUGGACCCUGUGGGAGACGGAGGUGCUGCUGACGCCAUCAACGGACCAGAUCUGCUUCAGAGCGUGGGUAAGCGACGUGCCGACCCACACGCAUCCACACACAAUCCAAAGACAGGGUCGGCACACGCAUCCACACACAAUCCAAAGACAGAUGGCAUGCUCCUCGGCUGCCUAUCUUCGGGUAAAUGGGUGCAGGAUGACGCGAUGCACAGCAUGCCCAUGGUCCCCACAUGGAGCAUUAUGGGCAUGCUCAACAACACCUGAUACCGAAUCCAGGUCACCACAGUAUCCGCCGACACCGUCGAUCUGGGCCUCCCUCACUGGGCUGCCAAGGACACGCCCAACCAUCCCCUCACCGUCAUCAACAAGCCCAGUGGAGAGGAGCCGGCACACGCAUCCACGGCCACAGCACCACCAGUGGCCGCACCAGUGGCCACUGAGAGGGGUGGGGCGCUGAUCGGUGGCCUGGCAGUCGUCUGCACCCUGGCCGUCGGGAUUUUGGUGGGGUUUGCAUUCACACAGAGAAAGACAGUCUGACUUGGGGAGGGGGAGGGGAACGGGGAGGGGUGGUGGGGAGCUGUGCAUGCGAUGCGGUGCUGUGUUGUCUGAGAGAGGUGCAUGAGCCAUAUACAGAUAGAAUGAAGACGCUGCGGUAUGUCAGCGGGCGGUGUCGGUGCUGGGUGUGUGUUCUCUGCUUUCUGGACUGGGGUCAAGAGGGGACGAGCGGUCUGGGUCCCUCCUUCCCUUGAUGUUGAUGCUUCGGAUGGUGUGUCAUUGGUGUAUGUUUCUCAGCAGUUGUGGAGGUGUUGUGAGCUGUGUGUGGCGUGCUGUGUGCACAGCUGGCGGGCGGACGGGCGGGGGCAGUGGGAGGGGGGCACGGCAAAUUGUGACAUGGUGUAGGUGUGUGGUGACGCCAAGCAUACGUACGCUGGGCGUCCUGCUUGUUGGUGCGCAAAAACCGUUGUGGCGCUGUAUGUGUUCACGUGAGAGAGCUUACGUGUGUGUGUGUGUGCAUGUGUGUGUGCGGGAGCUGCAACAAACAUGCCCUGCUCUCGUAUUCGUGUUGGUGUUGGUGUGCGACAGGGUGGGUGUGGGUGGCUACAUAUGUGGUAAGAGUCUGCAUAUGUGGGUGCUGGGUUCACUGCAUGGCAUUCAUCAGUCUCGAGACUUUCUUGUCAUGAAUGCGUGUGUGCAGCCAGGACAUAUGCAUGUUUAUGGAGAGGGGGACACCAUUGGGGACCGCUGCCUGCGGCAGUUUUUCUCGCUGAGAUUUUGAGAACUUGUUACAAUCAAUACGGACCGAUUAAUAUUGGUGGUUGUUCAGUGGCUGAGCGUGGUCAAGCAUGACAGACGUGUACACGUGCACGCACAUAGACACGACGAUCAGUCAGCACGGCGACACAGUCACCCAACACAUAUCCAUCGAUCACUAGCAGAUCAGCGAGACACAGCAGCAGCGAGCGAUCGUGUCGACACAUGAUGGAUGGCCAUGGCUCAUCAUCUCUGGCCCUCGAGGACUGUUGUGCGUCGUCGAGCGGCUUCAUCCCUCUCUGGUGUGACAUCUGCAUUCACAACAAACAAUACGUCACUCGAGCAAGGUUCCUCUGGUGCAUUCGGGCGGGGUCACUCUAUCUUGCCCGAGACACAUACAUGUGUGAUCUGUCUGUUGCAGGUCCUGUUCGUGCUGCAUGUGUGAGUCAUGCUACAGCCAGUGCACAGCGGCCGCCAGCAAUGACACACAAACGUGCACCAAAUGCGGUCGGUGGACACACAGACAGACGGACACACAGCAAUGUCACCCUUGCCAUGUCUCUCUGUCUCUCUGUGUAUGUGUCACAACGGGUGCACGUCAGAGUGUGCGUGCGCGUGACAACCAGUCGAAUGCAACCCCCGUCUUGUCGUCCCCUCAUCGAUGUGUGCUGUCCCUUGAUUGUAUGUGUGUCAGCAAGUGGCGAUUACGGUGUUGAAGUCGCACGACUUGUGACUGGCAGCACCUCCAUCGGAGUGUGUGACCAGUCACAUGAGCUUGACCCCCACAAGCACGUCCGGCUGGCGGCAGUCAAGGCACUCACUACCACAUGCAUGCUCCUCUCGCGAGAGGUGAGAGGGACACCAAACAGAGAGGGGACACACUAGCAAAUGGGCCUUCAUCUGUCGCUCUCUGUCUCUCAGGGGUGUUUGACGGCCCGUGCUGCUGCUGUGUUGCAAGUGAUCAUCUCUCGUCUGCAUGAUAAGGACUCCGCUGUGCGCAAGGAAGCGGCCAAGCUACUCACACUCGAGCUCACCUCCACCAAAGCCAUGUGUGUGUGACAGGCCAGGCCACACACAAGCAUCCCUUGGUUCAUGCCUCUUCAUCUGUGCAGGGGUGAUAUGUUGAACAGGAACCAGGCCGUGGCCCGCGAGUAUGCCCACGCGUUGAUAAUGAUUGACUCUGACCCACUCCCGCCAUCCGCAAGGCG